CAUAGCACGGUCAUACUUAGCUUGAAAGCAAAAUAAGUGAGCUAAAAUGAGCGAUAAAGUGAUUCCUGCUCCGCUUAGCCGUAUCCCGGGCACCAGCCAGGCGAAAGAGAAGAACAGCAAGGACCUGAAGACACUCACCUAUCCGCAGCUGCUGGAGAUUAAGGACAGGCAGUCGCACUUUCUGUCGUUCAAAAAGCGUUUGCACCAACUGCCGGACAAGGGAAAGCGUCUGCAGGAGUCGUACGAGAAAUUACUGGCCGAGAUCAGGAGGCGGGAUGAAGUGGAGGAGGCGACUCGAAUGCUGAGCGGUCUCAACAUUGUCGAAAAGGGCAAAAUUGCUCUCAACAAUCUGGAGUGGAAUGGCAGAAACACGGACGAGGGCGCCCAUGUGGACGACAUUCUGGACAGCGAUGAUGAGGUGGAGAUGGAUCCGCUGAGGAUUAUAGCGCAGGGAACAAUGCACGAGAAGAAGGUCAAGGUGAUUCCGCCGCCAACGAGUCUCAUUACGGCAGAUGAUCUGGCGGAUAUCGAGGAGUUUAAGAAACCCACCGACUCCCCAGAUUCGGCUUUGGCAGGACAUAGUGACACCAGUUCCCUUCCUGCGGAGAUCGUAGAAAUCGACGCUAGUCAAGUGGCCGCAAAGCUGAGCAAGGAGCUGCCUCCCGAUCAGCAUGCCCUCUACCUCAUCGAUAAGACGGAAACAAAUGUGAAUACUCCUAGGCAAAAGUUUAUGCCAUUCCGCACCACCAAGUCCAAUGUCCACGAUCCCGACAAAGAGCGGGUGCGCAAAAAGGGCAAGCACUGGGAGAUAACGGCAGCAACUCCGCCACUCAUCCAGCACAAAGAGGCCCAGCUGGUGCCUUUGGCUGAGUCGGCUGCGUUACAGAUGGAUUACAUGCAAAGAGUGAAGGAGGUUCGCAUUCAGCAGGCUGAACAGCGGCUGGCCAGGCUUAAAGACUCUCGACUCGGACUUGGCCUGCCCGAGGAAUCGAUUGUGAAAACCAAGGAAUCCUUCCGCAACUAUCGUGAUCCCCAAGCCACUUUUCUCAUCGAAGGCAGGCAAAAAGCCAGCGAAGCGAAUGAAGUGCAAGAUCCUUCGAUUCAAGACAGAGGAUCAGCCGCCAGUGGCAUUCAUUACACGGUGUUCGAGUAACCUGUGGGCAGAGCAUGAGAUAGAAUCUAUGCUAUUCGAUUUCCAAGAAACAUUGUGUACUAUUUAUUCGCGUAGGCAACAAUUACUAAAUAAGACUGCAUACAUAACUA